GGUUAUCUCAAUAUGUUUGCAAGAGUCAUGUCUUAAAUACUGAGAAAUAGAAAAAUGGACUCAGUCUCCGGACGUGUUGAAUCCAAAACCAUGGUCCAUGGCAAACGGUCGUGAAUCCUCGAAACAGGAAAUUCACACCCCGCAAGCCGCAAGCCAUAAGUCUGCUCCUAUACUAGAGAGGCCCAAUUCAAAUAAGGUGAGAUUGACUUUGCAAAUUUCAUAUUUCCUCCAUCUCCAUGAUUAAUGAGAGGGAUAAAUCUUUAUCCGAUCCCGCUUUUUUCUUACCCGCGAUCAACCUCCUUGUAACUCCUCCACCAAAAUAUCCAAACUUCAAGCACAUGAGAUACAAGUCAUUGCAGAUGGCAAGUAACUGGAAUGUCCAAAAUGGAUGAAGACAAUUCCGUCAGAAGAUAGUAGGUUAGAAGUAAGUUUCUUUCUUUCUCUUCAGCAUCCCAUUUCACUUCAUACGCAUCAACAUCAAGCCAAAAACCAUCCCAAAACCACCAAUCAAGACCUCACCUCAAAACCAUCACAAUGCCCAUCAAAAAGAUUCUCCUCCUUAACGGACCCAACCUCAACCUUCUUGGAACUCGUGAACCUCACAUCUACGGCUACGAUACUCUCGCCUCUAUCGAAUCAUCUCUCAGCACCUACCUCUCCUCACUCACUCCCUCCGUCGAGCUUCUAACCUUCCAAAGUAACUGGGAAGGUGCACUCAUUGAUCGUAUUCAUGAAUCACGUACCGAUGGCACCAAUGCUAUCGUUAUAAAUCCCGCUGCUUUCACACAUUAUAGUGUUGCGCUGAGAGAUGCUUUGACUGGCGUUGAUAUUCCGUUUGUGGAAGUGCAUAUAAGUAAUGUGCACAAGAGGGAGGAAUUUCGUCAUAAAAGUUUUUUGAGUGAUAAAGCGGAGGCGGUUAUUUGUGGGUUAGGUGUUUUUGGGUAUAGGGCGGCCGUGGAGUGGUGUGUUGGGUAUUUGAAGGAGAAACCGAAGUUGUAAGGGAAGGAGAGAAAGGUUGGACUAGAAUGUGGAAAAAGAAAUAAGGUGUAUAUGUAGACGGGGAAAUAUUAAAUAGUGAGAUGUAUACGCUACGUCAUUCAUUGAAUGGGAACUAAUUGAUCCAACUCCGAGUGGUAGUUGUUGGUGAUACCUUUGCUUAUUUAGCCUUCCAUUUUUCAACCCCAGUAUAAAUACAAGUUUUCAAGCUUCACUUAUCUAUACAUAAAUAUAUGCCGGUUUGGCCCCUUGUAUAUUGAGAAGCAAGAGACUUGUUCUGAAAACCUCAAAAUCCAGGGGCAUGUGUCAGUUAUCAACAAUCAGUGUUUCUGUUCCAGAUAUAUAUAUAUAUAUAUAUCAUUUUCACUGUCAACUACGACCACAUUGCCAUGUCUUUCUACCGCAAUGUGCAAGUUUCACAGUAAUGUCCAGAGUCAUAGGGCAAAUUAAAAACUGAGUGGAUAAACUUGAAUCAGAUUUUAGUACUCGCAUUAUCACAAUCUUGCUCAAAUCAAUUUAUCCCCGAAACUAUAUUGGGCCAAGAAACAUAAGUACCACCUUCGUUGUGUAGUACGCAAACACCUCGCGGUUAGAUUAUUAAUGUUCUGAGUAUGGUGCUGUAGUCUUUAUACUUAGAUUUUGAGAAUGUGAGCAGGAGCAUAGUUUAGGGAGUCCAAGACUUUGUCUUGCUAAUUUCGGCUCCGGUGCCUCUGCAUCAACAUCAAACGAAAUUAAACCCAUUUUCGAAUAUCGAAUCAUGAUCACUGCGCGAAACAAAACAAAACAAUCUUGCCAUCAUAAUCUCAUUCCCAA